AUGGAAGAUGACAAGGAUUACGAACAGGGCAAGAUGAUUCUGGCCGCAAUCAGAGCGGCCAACGAGGAGGAUGAAGCAAUUUCUAACGCUGAAAGAACCACUGGUUCUUCAAACACUUCCGAACAGACGCAGACCAAUAGUGCCGCGACUUAUGAUACUGGAAACCGUGCGAACGCACCCGGUAAUCAAGAUGUAAGGCAACUUUCUGCAAGCGGUAGCACUAGUCCAAGUGAGGACAUCCUCGACAAGAAACCAGCUCAAUUUAUGGGAACUUUGAUAUCAUAUCCGUCUUAUGGUAGUGGAGGAUCAGCAAAAGACUAG